AUGCCGGACGAGUCGUCGGUGGCGGUGGAAGCGCUGCGCAUCGUGAGCAACGAGAAGGUUGAGGUCGCCUGGUUCAAGUUCCUCAACAAGAGCCAGCUGGGCGAUCCCUGUAUCAUGACCCUCAAGUGCAACGGGCCCAUCGAGUGCGUCGCUUACAGUCCAGACGGGCGGCAGAUCGUGACAGCGUCGACCGACGGGUUCGGAGGGAAAGUCUCGGUGUGGGACAGUCGGAGCGGGUUGGAGGUCGGAGGGUUCGCGACCCCUGCGAUCCCAAAGUCGGUCUCCUUCUCCGGGGACGGGAGGCUGCUCCUGGCGGUGUCAGCGGAGGGGACGGUCGUGCUGUGCGACAUGAUGAGCCUGAAGGAGAGGGCGAGGGAGGUGCUGGGCAGCACGUUCAUCUCCGGAGGAGCGCUGUCCAUCGACGGGAAGAAGAUGGUCCUAGUGUCGAGCGACGGGCUGGUCAACCUGUGGGACCUGCCGCAGCUGGCGAGCCCGUCGGGGCAGAUCUACAACAGGUAUGAGAAGAUGUUUGAGAUCGUCGACGAGGACGAGGAGGGCAGGCCCUCGCCCAUCACCUGCGUCGCCAUCAGCCCCAACGUGAACAGAGUGGUGACAGGGAUGAAGGGAGGGACGAUGAAAGUGUUCGACCUCUCCAUGACGGAUGGGAUGAGCCUGAAGCACGUCCUCCAGGGCCACAGCUCCGUCGUUGUCCACAUCGACUUCAACGACGAAGGGAAUCGCAUCAGCUCUGCGAGUCUCGAUCACACGAUGAAAGUCUGGGAUGUGGAGAGGGGAGGAGCUUUCAUCAGCAACUACGAGGACCGCGCCGAGAUCCGAGCAUGCCACUUCUCCCCCGACGGCUCGUUCGUGGCCGUGGGGCUGGACAGCGGGAGGAUCGACCUGGUGGACAUUAGCACGGCCAUGAGCGUGAUGAGCUUCGGGUCUCACUCGGGGCGAGUCAACGACGUGAUGUUCGACCACCUGGGCAAGUUUCUCAUCUCUGGCUCCAUGGACGGACUAUGCAAGGUCUGGGCGAUCCAGGACACAGACUCCGCGGAGACUUUCACGGGACAUCCCAAGACCGACGUGACAUGCGCGAGCUACAGCGCGGAUGGGACUGAGCUGGCGACGGGAGCAGGAGACGGCAGCAUCAAGCUGUGGGGAGGGAGGAGGGGGAGAGAGAUCAUGAGCUUCCAAGGGCACGGCGACCGAGUCACCUCCUGCUGCUUCUCACCGUUGGUGGGGGACAGGAAGAGUGGGAUCUUGACGACCUCACUCUACGACGGGACUGUGAGGCUGUGGAAGAACCUGACGGGGAGCGAGGACGAAGAGUUCAGGCACAACUCCACCUACCUGACCUGCAUCGCCUUCUCUCCCGAGCAGCCGCCGGACGAGCGCGCCGGUCGAGUCCUUGCGGGCUCCUUCGACGGCUCUGCCAUCAUCUGGGACAUCGAGUCGAAGAAGCUGCUGCUGAAGCUCGGGGUUGAGAUCGAGGGGACGGGAGGAUGGCGCGUCGAGAAGAUUCGAGACCGGCACGAGGACGCGGUUGUCUCCUGCUGCUUCCACCCAGCCAUGGCGAGCGAGCGCGCUAUCACCACCUCCCUCGACGGGACGGCGAAAGUCUGGAACACGCAGUGGGGGAACUGCCUGGCGACCCUCGUGGGGCACAUGCAGGCAGUCAACGGCUGCUGCUUCAGCAAGGACGGGCAAUUCAUCUAUACCGUGUCGUCAGAUCAGACGGUGAGGGAGUGGAUGGCAGGAGCUCCGUACACCUGCCUGUCCGUCAUCCGAGGUCACUACGGGCCCAUCCACCAGUGCUCGUUCGCCACCAGCGGCAAGCAUCUCUUCACUGUGUCGGAGGACAGGUCAGUGCGAGCCUGGCUCAAAGUGAAGCUGGAGGCCGAGGAGUUCAGGCCGGACGAGCGAGUGCGAGUGGGCUCCCAGCACUUCGCAGUCUCCAAGUCGCACAUGCAGGGAGAGUUCUCCGAGUUCUUCCAGUGGCAUCAAGUCGCUCUCUUUGCCAGCACGCAUCCUCUGCGAUGCAUCGCUGGUAGCACAGGGGAGGACAACGAGGAGAUCGCCUGCGGGGCAGCUGACGGGAGCGUCUUCGUGCUGAGACUGAUGCUGCCAGGAGACUACUGA